AUGAGACGGCGGACAGUAAUUUCUUUCGGUUAUGUUCGUGUUGCGGCUUCUGCCGUGGGUGUGAUUGGGAUGGGGGCAAAUCACCGUCAUCACUACCAGCAGCAGCAGCGGCCCAUCACCACGCGGGGCCAAUUUAAUCCGGUACACGACUUCACAUAUGCCAUGGAACGUGGUGUGCGUGCGAGAGACGAGAAGACAUUUGAGAAACUCAUCACCAAUCCCGGCCCUUUGCGCAUCGCCUACUCGCCCGACUACCUGGACUGGCUCUAUCGCUGCUACAAGGCAAAGGGAAAGUAUAUGGAUGCACGCGCCGCAGCGGAGAAAAAAUUUAACGGUAACAUUAUUAGUGGUGGGGCGGUGACAACAUCUUCUGGUGAGAUGAUCCAUCCACUGCCGGGUGCCCCACCGCCAGGCAUGUUUCUUCGGCCCCCAAACUCCUUUCGUCGGCUCUCUGGUGAGAUGAAACGAAAACAUGCGCAGGAAACCCUUGAUGAAGUUUCAAAGGCACAAGGGAUGCUUGAUCUCUUUGAGCGUCAGCCACAGUUUCCAGCCAUUCACAUUGAUCGAUGCACUCGGUUUCACCUUGUUGAGUUGUUCAAAGAGAUGGUACUUGAGCGGUCCCUAGAAGCCGUUGCUAUUUGGGACAAGGCGCUACUCUAUCGCGCCAUCUUAUCGGAGCGGAAAGCGUCUUAUCCAGCCUCCUUUCGUUACAUCUUUAAGGCUGUGGAGGAUACCGUGUUUGCACACAGCUCGGUGAAUUGCCCCUCGCUGGAGGCCUACUACUACUUUCUGUACCUGGUGAAGAAGUACUACAUCGACAAUGCUGUGGAGGCACACGUUGUGUUGCGCUGCCACCGGGAGCCGAAUGCAACGGAUUUACUUUUUUCAAACCCUCCACCUAAGGAUGAGGUGGAUGUGAGAAAUGCAAUUGAAGCCCUGCAGUCGGCGGAAGCAACAUCUCAUGCCGCUUCAUCGGCCACGAGUGGCACCGCAAAACAUGAUGACCCUGCUGCUACCGAUGAAAAACAUACUCGAGGUGACAAUGACCAAAAGGAUUCCGCUAAUGCCAAUGCGAAGCACCCUUGCCAGUUUGCACCGCCCAGUUCUUAUCCGCCGAUUGAAGCGUUAUGGCGCUGUGAGGAGAAUGUACCGCUUCUUGAGAUUCUUCUUUUUGGUGAGUUUAACUUAAUUGUCUCGGAGAAUCCGUUCGUGAAGUUUCCCACCGCCCACGCCUUUCUUACGCGACCGUACUCCACAGAAUCUUCAAAGGGACCAAUAGACGGUGCAAGCCUGGCAAAUGUUAUUGCGGAGAAACGCGGCCAUCUGCUUCCUUCGUUUCCGAUGAACGUGGCAUCAGCGAUCGAUGGCCGGGCGCAGGAGUUACGCCGUUUGCAGCAAAAGCACCACCGUGAUGACACGGUCAGUUUUCAGACCUUACUACGUAGCACGCACGUUGACGAUAAUCCCUCUACCUUUUCUAGCUACUCAGACUGGAGUUACUUCAACCCGAGAGCCGUGCGAGCAGAGGAGCGUGACAGACUCACAAGAAAAGGCAUAGACGCCCUAAAGGAGUAUGAUUCCGCCACAGAAGACAUUUAUCGGCGUAGCUUUGAGGACGCACAGGCCAGCAAUUUUCAGCGCGUGACGGAGGCUUGGAAUACAUUUCCGCCUUAUUUACCCACACUGCCACAUUUUGUGUCCAUCAUCAAAAAAGAUUCUCACAUUUCUUUCUUGCUUCAUGUUGGCUUGCCGGAGAGGUGCUCAAGUGCCGAGGCCGCCGCGAAGCACAAGGAGUUUGAGAGGCGUAUUUAUCAACUUGCUCGGGCUUUAUAUCACACAGCGUUGGAAUUCCACAAGGAGACGGUGCGGCGGGUUAACCGGCAGAAGGUUAACGUUGCGGCCUCCCUCUUGGAUAAUUUCUUUGAACAGGAAUGGGUCGCCAUGCUUCGGGAAAGCGAAUCUUUAGAGAAUUCACUGGAACAAGGCGCAUGGCCAGACAAAAAGACGGACAUGGCACGACGUCUGGGACGCUACAUCCCAUUUGCGCGCCGCUCACUUGAUGAAAACGGCUUUCCCACAGAUGCUCGCGCGGAUGACUAUGCACGGUGGAUGGAGGCUCCUGCACGGAUGAAGGGAGCUGCCUAG